CGCGCUCCGCCCGCCACCGCCUGACACGCGCCGCCGCCGCCGCCGCCUCAGCCGCCUCUGAGGAGCCGAGCCGGGAGCCGGCCCGCCGCCAUGGGGAGCCGCGUGUCGCGGGAGGACUUCGAGUGGGUCUACACCGACCAGCCGCACGCCAGCCGGCGCCAGGAGAUCCUGGCAAAGUAUCCAGAGAUAAAAUCCUUGAUGAAACCUGACCCCAACUUGAUUUGGAUUAUAAUUAUGAUGGUUCUCACCCAGUUGGUUGCAUUUUAUUUAGUGAAGGACCUGGACUGGAAAUGGGUUAUGUUCUGGGCAUAUGCCUUUGGCAGCUGCAUUAACCAUUCAAUGACUCUGGCCAUCCACGAGGUGUCCCAUAACAGCGCCUUUGGCAACUGCAGACCGAUGUGGAACCGCUGGUUUGGCAUGUUUGCUAAUCUUCCUAUCGGUGUUCCAUACUCAAUUUCCUUUAAGAGGUACCAUAUGGAUCAUCAUCGAUACCUUGGAGGGGAUGGCAUUGAUGUGGAUAUACCAACCGAUUUUGAAGGUUGGUUCUUCUGUACUACUUUCAGGAAGUUUAUUUGGAUCGUUCUGCAGCCUCUCUUCUAUGCUUUUCGGCCUCUGUUCAUCAACCCCAAACCCAUUACUAACCUGGAACUGAUCAACACUGCCGUCCAGAUCGCCUUCAACAUUAUUGUUUACUAUGUUUUCGGAAUUAAAUCUUUAGUCUACAUGUUGUCAGCAUCCUUACUCGGUCUAGGUUUGCACCCAAUUUCUGGACAUUUUAUUGCAGAACACUACAUGUUCCUAAAGGGACAUGAAACGUACUCAUAUUACGGGCCUCUGAAUUUGCUUACCUUCAAUGUGGGCUACCAUAACGAACACCAUGACUUCCCUAACAUUCCUGGAAAAAGCCUUCCACUGGUAAGGAAAAUUGCAGCUGAGUACUACGACAACCUCCCCCAUUACAAUUCCUGGAUCAGAGUACUGUAUGAUUUUGUGAUGGAUGAUUCAAUUAGCCCCUACUCAAGAAUGAAGAGGCAUCAGAAAGGAGAGGUGUUCCUGGAGUGAAUGUUACUAUAGCUGAGGGAGUUCUCUGGGACUUCCCAAAGCUGAUAAAGUGGAAGUUAGCCUUCCUGAAGCUUCCUGACGCUGAGUGAUGUUUUGAGGCCUUCCUGAUGCAGUUUCCAAGUAGGCACUCUCAUAUCUCUCCGGCUUAUGUGGCUUUAACCCUGUGGCCAGCCUGUCCAAUCCUCAGAUUUCCCUGCAGGAAAUUUGUUCUUUGUGUUAUCAUUGUGGAGGUUAUUUUCACCUUGUCUGAUAUUUUCUAAGCAUAUCAUAAAAAUAAGCUUUUAAAAAGCUAUUUCUACUUUAUUAUUUUCACUAUGAGGAUUUACUGUAUUAAAACAGCUAAUAAACUGAGCAAUUAAUCACAAUAAAUAGUAUUUAUCACACUUGUA